GGCGGAAGUGACGCGUGGCGUUAGAGACUAAUCUGACGUGGGUCAGGAAGUCGGGCUGGUUUCCCGGCGCCUCAGACCCGUUACCUCAACUUCUCCCCUUCCUUCCCCCGGGCGAGGCCCGGAGCCCCCCGGAGUCCACCAUGCUCGAUUUCUUCACCAUCUUCAGCAAAGGAGGCCUUGUGCUGUGGUGCUUCCAGGGCGUGCGCGGCCCCGCGGCGGCCUGCACUGCGCCCGUGAACGCGCUUAUUCGGUCCGUCCUGCUCCAGGAGCGAGGUGGCAGUAACUCUUUCACCCAUGAAGCCCUUACGCUAAAGUACAAAUUGGACAAUCAGUUUGAGUUGGUCUUUGUGGUUGGAUUUCAAAAAAUUCUGACCCUAACGUAUGUGGACAAGUUGAUAGAUGAUGUUCAUAAGGAGUUCCGGGACAAAUAUCGCAAUGAAUUCCAGCAGAAGGGAACUCUUGGGCUUCUCAAUGGCACCUUUGAUUUUAAAGAAGAUUUUUUACGCCUCUUACGGGAAGCAGAGGAGAGCAGUAAAGUCCGAGCUCCCACUGCCAUGAAGACAUUUGAACAGUCGGCAAAGUCCCAAAAAACAGUGAAGUCUAUGAUAGAAAUUCGUGGGGAGAAACCAAAAGAGAAAACUAAGAACAAGAAAAACAAAGGUUCCAAAAAAGAAGUUUCAGGAGCUGAAGUAGCUGCAGCCCCCAAAGUGCCGCCAGCUGUUAAGGAGGACCUUCCUGUUGCAGCCGGAGACAGGGAGGAACUAUCCAAGGAUGAGAUCCUGCAGAAGAACCGGGAGGAAUUCUUCAGGAAACGCCUGAGGGGGGGAGAUAAAUCCAACAAGUCUCCAAAGCCGGACACCUCAAAAGACAAGGGGAAGAAGCCCAGAGUAUGGGAUCUAGGGAACUCUAAUGCCAAAGUACUUGAUUAUAGUAAUUCAGCUACCAAUGGGAAUGCAGAUGCUUGUCCUGUGGAAGAGUACGACCCAGAUAUGGUCCUUGUGGAUCCUGAUCAUGAGCCUGGCCGUCUCCGUGAUCUGGAAUAUGAGAGUGAAGAAGAAAUUGAAGAAGAGAAGGUGGUUCACAAUUCUUCAAGUGCCAGCGUUAAGAAAGGUGGCCUUGGAGGCAUGUUUGGGAUGCUGAAAGGCCUUGUGGGCUCUAAAAGUUUAACCAGAGAGGACAUGGACCCUGUCCUGGAGAAGAUGAAGGAUCACCUGAUUGCCAAGAAUGUUGCAGCUGACAUCGCCGUCCAGCUCUGUGAAUCAGUUGCUAAGAAACUGGAAGGCAAAGUGAUGGGCACCUUCACCACGGUGACUUCAACGGUGAAGCAGGCCCUUCAGGAGUCUCUGGUACAGAUCCUGCAGCCCCAGCGUCGUGUAGACGUCUUGCGCGAUGUGAUGGAUGCCCAGCGCCACCGCCGACCCUAUGUUAUCACCUUCUGCGGGGUCAAUGGAGUUGGGAAGUCCACUAACUUGGCCAAGAUUUCUUUCUGGCUGAUUGAAAACGGGUUCAGUGUCCUUAUUGCUGCCUGUGAUACGUUCCGUGCUGGAGCUGUGGAGCAACUGCGCACUCACACUCGCCGCCUGAAUGCAUUGCACCCACCGGAGAAUCACAGCGGCUGCACCAUGGUGCAGCUGUAUGAGAAGGGAUACGGGAAGGAUGCUGCUGGGAUCGCCAUGGAGGCCAUUGCAUACGCACGUAACCAAGGAUUUGAUGUCGUCUUGGUGGAUACCGCAGGCCGUAUGCAAGACAACGCUCCCUUGAUGACAGCCUUGGCCAAACUUAUUGCGGUCAACACCCCUGACCUCGUCUUGUUUGUGGGAGAGGCCUUGGUGGGAAAUGAGGCUGUGGAUCAGCUGGUCAAAUUUAACAAGGCCCUUGCUGAUCACUCUAUGGCUCAGACCCCACGCCUCAUUGACGGGAUCGUGCUCACUAAAUUUGACACUAUAGAUGACAAGGUCGGUGCUGCAAUCUCUAUGACAUACAUCACUAGCAAACCAAUAGUGUUUGUUGGUACCGGACAAACCUACUGUGACCUGCGUAGCCUUAACGCCAAGGCUGUGGUUGCUGCUCUCAUGAAAGCCUAGCCACCAGUUAUUAUUGCACCAAAUUCCUGUUUGCAGAUGUCUGAAGUUCUCUUUUAUUCAUUUUCCCUGGCAUAGUGCAAAACAGAGUGGAGGGAUACUGGAGGAAGGGGCUGCUGCUUUCUUCCUUCCCCCAAUAGGUUCUUCCUCUUGGUUUCAAUAACGCACACUUUCCUUUAUGUGACGAGUGGAUUUAAUUUGACCAGGGAGGUGCCUGUCUUCAAUCAUGUUCUACUGAUUUAAAAUUAUUCAUGCUGGUCACACACCUUGGCUCUAGUUUUUUGGAGCUUAGGAGUUUUUUGGGGGGGAGGGGAGGGGGGUCUUGCUCUAACUAAAAGCAUACUUUGGCAACAGAAACCACAGGGUUUUGUUAAUGCAGCCAGCCAGCUAGCCUUCUUCCCGUGUCCUUUCAUUCUACCUGCAGAGGUGAAACCAAGAGCUUUGUAUUGUUCAUCCCAGUUACUGGGUGUUAUAAAGUCGGGGGGGGGGGGGUUGCGCUGCCACUAAGCAUUUAAAAUGUAGCAGAGGUUCUUUUGGGGCUUUUGCAACCACUGAAGAAUGUGCUUGAAGGUAGUUGCCUUGGCCUGUUUCCUCACAGUAAAUUGGCUGCCGUUGGUGGUGCUGUAGAGUGGAUGUAGAUGCUGCCUACUGCCGGUUUUAGUGGAUCAAGCAUAAACACUUGCUGCUUGCUUCGGUCAUAGCAGCUCACCAAAGCUUUCAAACCAAAAAGGGAAAAAAAAAACAAUUGAAAUGGUGAGUGUUGCUGCUUACAGAGGGGCUUUGGGAGGGCAGGGUUGGGGGGGCAUUGAUGCCUUAAAUGGUCUUGCUUCCCACGGGCAGUGGGACUCUCCAUAGCAGGGCCAUCCAAAUACUGCCCCAGACCGUAGUAUUUACAAAGUGCAGGUCCUUGCUGUUUCUAACAAUUAUCUUUCCACCUGAGCAGAGAGCUGCUUCUUGUUACAUCUUUUUAUUAGACAAAACCCAGGCGGAUUCACACAACUGUUGUGCGCUUCACUGGGUGUACCCAGCAGCGCUUGGGCUGAAGGUGUCCAUAAUUCAUUGUUGAGCAUAAGCCGUAAUUAUGCAUGCCACGUCCAACGGCAUGUGCUGGUUUGUAAAAUUGAAGCUUGUGGUCAAAAUGCAACAUGCUGGAUGGCCUCCUUACCCCUCUACCCCAGCAGAGUCCAAUCGGAGAGAGGGGGGGGGGAACAUAUCUGUCCCUAAAAAGGACUACUUGUGUAAACUGACGCCAGUUCUGAUAUCACAGCAGGCUGGGGCUGGUCUGUGCUAAAUUCUCUUUCACAGAUUAAGGCUUCUAUAACUUUAUACCAAACUUUCUUUCAGCAGCAGAGGCCAUAAUAUAAAUAGUUAACAUGAGCAUUUGCAUGCUUCCCUUUCCUGCACUGGCUUUUUUUUUUUUUUUUGCUUUUCCAAACCAGUCUGUGAAAGGAAUAUUCUGGUGGGAAAAUGCUGGUGGCUGCUUGCUGCUUUUCUGUCCCCUCCCCCCCCCCCCCACCUUCAGAGUGCCUCUUGAUCCUGGUAAUAAAGUGCUAUGUUGGAUAAUACAAAACUCUAUGAAGAUGUCUCGUAGCUUGGUAUUGCAGAUGUGCUAUCUAGUGCAAUAAGUUGAAUGCUGUCUGCUAAAAAAAAAAAAAGUAAUUUAUAUAAUAAAAAUUCAUUGAAAAA